AAAGAAGUAACUUGUUUAUUUUGGAAUGUUUGAACGUUUUUUUGCUUGUUUUCACUUGGAAUGUUUGACCUUUUCUCCUUCUCGUUUCAGCUUGUUUUCAUUUCAUGUUGGCUUGUUUGGUUUUUCUGCAUGCAGCAGACUUCCUGUUGACCCCAAAAAGCUCUCUGUUCUUAUUGAUUGGGUGCAACUCGACCCCAACUGGCGAAAGAAGGUGAAGGGUUCUUCAUGUCACUGGUACUACAUACUACUAACUCCUCAAAAAUGGCUGAUUGACACGCACAUGGAUGCUGGGAUUAAUCUCUUAAGACUCCGGUACACGAAGCACCCAGAAUGGUUUAGGUCGGACAGAAUUUGCCUGCUGGAUACUGCGUUCACUCAAAUUUGGUCAGCAAAGUACAAAGAGUUUUUGAACUCUCCUGCCAAUCCCGACGGCUCAGGUAAACUGCUCCCGUCCGGGGCCUUAUACUACUACACUGGCGAGCACCCAGCUUAUUGCAGAUCAGACAAAACAUGGGUGCUAGAGAUUGAUGAUAUAUAUGUGCCAUUGUUUAUCAACGAGGAUCAUUGGGUAGCUUGUUGGAUAUCAAUCCCGAGGAGACACAUAGUGAUUUGGGACAGUUUUGUUGGUCACACCGACGAUAAGGAAAUUGCCGAGGCUGUGAAGCCUAUUGCGCACAUGCUGCCGUACAUGCUGCAUAUGCUAUCUCGCGGUGAGGACAGGGAGUUGUACACGGUUGAUUUCACACAUGAGAGGGUCCCAGCAACCGAGACACCACAGAAUGUACAAAGUGGUGAUUGUGGAGUGUACUGUUUGAAGUACAUAGAAUGUCAUGCACUUGGCUUGGCAUUCCCGUUUCAUGACUUCUGUGAUAAGAAUGUGAAACAAAUGAGGGCGAAGCUAGCGGCAGAGAUAUUUGACGAGACCAACAUAAACGGCACAGAAACUAGAGAGUACAAAACUGCACUUGUUUAUGAGUAAGGUUUGCAGUUCACUUUUGGGGUAGAAUUGGAGGAAAGUUUGAAGUUUUUUGGGUGACUUUCCUCAACGGAUAUAUCUAGUAGAUUUUUUUUUACCAGACUAUUGUAUUGUGCUGUGAGUAGCAGACUGAUGUAGUAGGUUUUUGUACCAGACUUGUAGUUGUAACAGACUAUGUAUUUUGCAUGCAGCAGACUUCUGUGAAAGUCUUCUUUUAAAGAAGACUAAUACUUAAGUCUGCUGCUAGACAAUGAGGCAGCUUCUUUUGUA